AUGGAACAGUUAGAACCAUAUAAAAAGAUUCUAGAAGAACAACUUUGGACUGAUAUAAUGAAGAAUUUUAUUACACCAAAUAAGCCAUUAAAGUCAAUUGUUCUACCUGCAAGAUCUGUAAUUAUUUCAGAAUUGCCUAAGAGAAUGGAAGAAUCUUUUUCAACUAUUAUUAAUGAUGAACAUGUGGCAAAAAUUUCAUCAUGGAUUGAUCGCAAGUCAGCAGUGUAUCCCCUAUCUAGUGUCCCGUAUGAAUUUAGAUUGGUAUUAAAAGGAACCCGCGAUGGAUUUGACCACCAAACUUUUUGGGAUAUAAGUCAUGGUCAUACGAAUACAGUAAUUGUUGCAAGGAUUAAAGGAACUGAUGAAAUUAUUGGAGGAUAUAAUCCUUUGACAUGGGAUAAAACUAUCAAUGACAUUUAUUUAGAGACCAAAAAUAGUUUUGUUUUUUCAUUGAAAAAUGGAAAUAUACAAAGUUCUAUCCUUAGUCGAGUAAAAAAUACAACUCAUGCGUUUUAUAUUGACCCUAGAUAUUUUGGUCCGGUUUUUGGAAGUGGCAUAAGCUUCUUAUACAAUGGUUAUAUUUACAUUACUACUUACAAUUAUUAUGAAAAGCCUAUCAAAGAACCUGGAUCAUAUAAUAUGACGGAUUAUGAAGUGUUUGAUGUCAUGGAAAAAUAUGUCAUUGAAGAAACAACAUAA